AUAAGAAAAACGGUGGUAAACACGGCUUCAUUCUUGUCAUUUGUCAAAAUUUAUUAAGCAUGUGACUUUCGCUUCAACCGUUUUCUUCAAAAGAGUAUUACCACGAGAAAUCUUUUCUGUUGGUUCAAAUUAUUUCUGUUUUACGUGUUUAUUUAUGUGAUAUAUUUUCAGUCAAAUUGCAAAAAAUCAAUUCUUCGGCUGAUCGAAAAUGGAGACGGAUAUCGGAAGAGAGGAGAGCCUGAAUGGGACAAAGGAGCGUGCAUUUACUCUAAUAGGGGACCCGGGAGACGAGGCGGGGGAGAACUUGCUACCAACUAAACAGCCCCCCAAUCUGUUCCCCCUGAGGAUGGUGUGGGACCAGAAGAAACAUGUGUACUACAUGCUCUACAGCGACCUCAGACUCCUCAAGAUGUUCAGACAUGUCUUCAUCAGAGACAUCGAGGACACCUUCAUCACAGGGAAAUUAUGGCCCUCUGACGUCAUCGACAUGACCUUGGGCGACAAUUGUCUCUACAUACUCUGUCGAGAAUGGGCCAUGAACAAGGACUCGGCUUUGAAGAAACUGACCAAUCAGAAGACGAUACCUGCUUCUGCUUCUGCUUCUGAGUCAGAGAGCAUCGGCAGUGAUGGAAACAUUGCGAACAUGGUAGCCGAAGGAGCCGAGAACGAAACGAGCAGCUCUUCCUCGGAGUCGCCAGUCCCUCGCAAGUCGUUCGACCCUGUGUUGAAGCACUUUAUCUGCAUCGUGGACAAGAGGUCCCUGUCUAAACUGGGCGAAGUGGCCAUACCCUCUCUCCUGUAUGACCAGAAAGGGGCAUUCACUAAUAAAUGGCACAUGGCUGCUCACGAAUCUGACUUGUUAUUGUACGUGGAACAUGGGGAGAAGGUGUUCCACUUUGAGGAUGGAAAGUACUCGGGUGAACUCGAGACUGAACAGUUCCAUAAGCGUAGUGAAACUUCUGUCAAUGAUUUCCAGCUGCGUGGAUCCCUGCUCUACAUUGGCACGAAUGACAACGUCCUUUCUAUUUACGACUGGAAAAGCUACUCUCCCAAUUGCAAAGUGAUCAUCAAAAUACCCGACGCCAAAGACGGAAACUUCACCCUCCUCGGGAAAUUCCUGGCAGUCACCAGAUCAAUCCAGAAGUUGCCAACCGAUUCCAGUUUCGAUGAAGAUGAGCAAACAGAUGUCUGGAAGAAAUCGAUGGUAACUGGACAGGAAAUCGAGUAUUUGAGGUAUGUGGAUGUGGGAACGAAAGACACUUUCAGGAAGCCGAUCAACUUGCGUGAUUUCAAGAUAUUCACCGCUGCUUCAAAUGGAAAACUGGUGCUCUAUAAAACGCUAUCAAAAGAGCUGGUCUAUCAAAAUUUGUAAAAUAAAUUACAAUAUACUAAAAAAAUGGAUUUAACUUAAGAUUUUUUUUGUAUUGAAAAGCA